AUAAACCCUCUCCUUCUCUCCCUCUCCCACCUCUCUCUCUCCUCCCAACACAUUACUUCCUUUCUCUCUCUCUCUCUCACACACACACACACUAACCAAGCAAAUUUCUCCUUCUUUCACUCUCGCUCGACUAUUACCAUGGAAACGCCGGAUUUUUUCCAACCCCCCACUCACUACACCACCCAAUUCACCCCCGACAAGCGCCACCCCUCCGCCACCGCCGACUCCAAGAACAAUAAUAAUGCCGCCGACCAUUUCGUCGUCGACGACCUCCUCGACUUCCCCAACGAUGACACCAUGCUCGCCGUUGUUUCCGACGCCGACGCCGCUGCUCUCGCCGCCGACUCCUCCUCCGCCACCGCCUGCAACUCCUCCCCCUUCUCCGCCGCCACUCAAUUCGCCCCUGCCAUUGCCUGCCGCAACCACCUCACCGACGCUCCCUUCUCCGGCGAAUUUUUUGUCCCGUACGAGGAUGUUGCUGAGCUUGAGUGGUUAUCGAAUUUCGUGGAGGAAUCAUUUUCCAGUGAGGAUUUGCAGAAGCUUCAGCUCAUUUCGGGAAUGAAGGCUGGGAAUGAGGAUGAAUCAUCCCAAUCCCAAUCCCAAUCCCAAACCCACCAUUUCCAGCCCGAACCCAACCCGGCUACUACUUUCAGGCCCGAGAUGGCGGCGGCAGUGCCGGCCAAGGCACGGAGCAAGCGUUCACGCGCCGCCGCGCCAUGCAACUGGACGUCCCGCCUCUUGGUGUCCCUAUCACCCUCCGUCGACAACGUCACCACCACCACCACCACCCCUGCCAUCUCGUCGUCUUCGGAGUCGGACUUGACGACGUCCAGCUCCGGGAAGAAGACGGCGGCUCCGAAGAAGAAGGACGCCGCCGCCGCCGCCGCGGCGGCGGCGGGCAGCAACGGCGAAGGGCGGAAGUGUCUCCACUGCGCAACGGACAAGACGCCGCAAUGGCGAACGGGCCCCAUGGGCCCGAAAACCCUCUGCAAUGCAUGCGGGGUUAGGUACAAGUCGGGUAGGCUAGUGCCCGAGUACCGGCCCGCGUCCAGCCCGACGUUCGUGCUUACCAAACACUCCAAUUCUCACCGUAAAGUUCUGGAGAUUAGAAGGCAAAAGGAGCUUGUUCGGGCCCAACAGCACCACCACCAAUUCCUUCAUCAGAAGAUGAUGUUCGACGUAUCCAACGGUGACGAUUACUUGAUUCAUCAUCAACAUAUUGGGCCCCAUUUCCGGCACUUGAUCUAGGGAGGCCAGACACCCACGUGUCAGUAGACAAAUUUCUUUUCCUUUAUUUUUAGUUACGUUAUGUCAUAGAGAGAUUAAAUUAGUUUCCUCAGCAUCCUGAAUUGGAUUGGAUUCUUAUUAACUUUGGUUGAUUUUUGUAGCUUUUCUAAUUUGAAUCAAAGGGCAGCAUUACAAGA